UCAAGUUCUCCCAAGAGUUGGCACAAACAAAAAAUCAUCAACUUUCAUCCUUUUCAGCCGAUUACUCUAAUCUUUUCCAAAUGAAUAAUUUUUUAACUGAUUUAACUCUUGAGAAGAAGGAAUGGUUUGUAGUUGUUAAGAUCUUGAGCAUUUGGAAUCAUCCUCCCAAGCAUCCCAAUGAUCACACUACCAUGAUUUUGGUGGAUAACAAGGGUACCAGAAUUGAUGCUGUGGUUCCUCCAGAUUCAUACAAAAGGGAUUUUCCUAGAAAUCUCAAAGAAGGAGAGUGGUACUUUCUUUGGGAUUUUGAUGUGAUCCCACCUUCAUUGUGUGAAAGGAACUCUAAUCAUCCUUACCAACUUAGAUUUAAUAAGAACACAACUAUGGAUCACUACAAACAGAAAUACACUUCCGAAUUCCUGCAGUGUCUUGCUUUUCCAAGGAUCAAUAAUGCAUCAGAAGAAGAUAAGCAAUUCGUUGUUGAUGUAGUUGGAGUGGUUAGGAGUGUCUCUCCUAUUGGAAGACUACUUGAAGGAGGCAGUGAUUUGGAUUCAAGCUAUGUUACUUUCAAAUUAAAGGACCUUGCUGGCCAUUCCAUUAAUUGUGUUGCAAAAGGAAGUUUCUGUGAAGAAUUUGUUAGGAAGUAUUCUAGAAGAAUAAGUGAUGUGAAUUAUCACAAUCAACCAAUCAUGGUUGUUCUGCGUUUUUGGAGGAUAUCAGAGUUUGGAGGUAAACCUUGCUUGAUUACGAAAGGAGGUUGUCCAAGAAUGUUCAUCGAUGAAAAUUUCGCUGACAUCAACAGAGACUGCUACAUCUGCUUUUUCACUGCUGGAAAUAAAGAAACAGCAUCCUCAGAUAAUGACAAUGUUUCUGAUGAAGAGGGCCACUUGCUUUGUUUUCUUAUUCACGGGUUUUGUCUAUUAGCGUCACUCUUACAACAUUUAAAGGGACAAAGAAUUGAUGCUACGGUUCCUACAAUUGCAAUCAAAAGGAACUUCCCUAGAGAGCUCAGAGAAGGACAGUGGUACCUUUUGUCGGAAUUUGAUGUGAUUCCACCUUCAUUGCCCGAAAGAAACUCUGAUCAUUUUUACCAGAUUAGCUGUAAUAGGAACACAGAGGUGGAUCCUGUCAGACCAAAAUCACAAUCCGAUUUUUUUAAUUGUGUGGAUUUUUUCAGUAUCAAUAAUGCAUCAGAAGAAGACAAACAAUAUGUUGUUGAUGUAUGUGGAGUGGUUGUCAGUGUAUCUCCUGUUGGAAGACUUCUGGAAGGUGGAAGUGACAUGGAUUCAAGAUAUGUUACUUUCACACUGAAGGAUACUAUUGGCCAUUACUUGAAUUGUGUGGCAAAAGGAAAUUUCUGUGAAGAAUUUGUAAGGAAGUAUUCUAGAAGAAUAAGUGAUGUGGAUUAUCACAAUGAACCAAUCAUGAUUGUUCUGCGCUUUUGGAGGAUUUCACUUUUUCAAGGUAAACCUUGCUUGAUUACUGGUGUAGGUUGUCCAAGAAUUUUCUUUGAUCCAAAUUUCCAUGACAUCAACAGACAGAAAUUCAUGAAGUGUUACACUCAGGGAAAUGGUGAAUUCACACCCUCAGAUGAUGACGAUGUUUUUAUGGAAGAAGUUGAUUCAAACUAAUACAUCACUUAUGAGUGGAUUGUUUUCUCAAUAUUCCCCCUAUGUUUUAUUUUAUCUUGCUUUUCAUUUAUGUAUGCUUUGUAAAACUUAAUAUAAAAUGUGCUAUUAG